UUCAGGCAAAGAAGCCUCGGAUACUACCGACGAUAUAGUCCGAAUCCCUUAAAUCUUAUCGCAGCUCGUCAAGAACAAUCACCAAUAAAAUAUACUUGCAUCGACGGGGCGCGUUGGCGUGGCGGAAAAAAAACAACGACGGCGAUAACGCGGUAGACGUCGCGUCGCACGCGCGACACCCGGCGGUACAUCGCGGGGGCGACGCAUUAAUCGCUCAGAAAGAAAGAAAAUCAUGCGUCUCCUGGCCGGCGCCGAUACCGUUCCCGCACGCAGCAUCACCGAGGAUGUAUCGCUGGACAGCGAUGUUGGCUCGCGCGGAUCCGAGAAGUGCGGCGGCAGCAGCAGCAGCAGCAGCAACGGCAGCAACAACGGGUGUAACAGCGGAAUCCGCGACGGCGUCGGCUACGCGAGCGGUUACGACCGCGGCCAACGGUACAGCAACGGCAGCAACAGUAGCAAUCACGGCUACGCGAGCGACGAUUUCUGGGAAUGUACGUCUUCUAUCCGGCGGACGAGCUCCUGCGUAUCUAUGAAAAUCCGAUUCGGCGGUCCGUGCCAUUGACUGUCAACGACGACGCAGCGGUAAACGUCGUUUACGAGGAUAUAAAUCAGCAGCGUUAUCAGCAGCAAUCGCAGCAAUCGCAGUCGCAUCAGCAGCAGCGAAUCGUCGUCACGAACGACGUCCGCAAGCGCAAGGAGAAAAAGCGAGAGACUAGUCAGACGGCGGCAAGCCGGAGGCAGCAGCAGAUCGUGCGUAACGGCAACGGCGGCGACGCCGGUAAGAAGGAAGGACGACGAAACGAGGAGCAGCAGGCCAGGACUAUGCAAAAUAAUCGUGCCACCGGCUCCGAAGAAGCCGCCAACCAUCCCCUCAAGGACCUCACGCAGCCGAGUCUCAACGAGCCGCUCAAGCAGCACAAUGGCGUCGCGCUCAAGCUCGUCCAGACGGUCUCCGAGUUCGCCCAGGAGUUGGGCGCCGCGAUGGAGAGCCACUCGGCGAACGUGCGACGUCUGGUCGAUGAAUUUCGCAGUCGAUCGGGCGACUCGAGAGUCGAUGUCGGCGGUAUGCGACGUGUUUGGGAAAGUUUGCUGCGGCAGGUCGAGGCGGACGCAGCUUCUCACCUCGAUCUGGCCGCGGUGCUGCAGCAGCAACUGUCGAGGCCCACCUUAGAGGCGAGCUUCCACCGAAAGCUGCAAUCUAGGAAGGUAUUCGCCCAUCGCGACGCUUACGAGCAGGUAGUUAGCAAGACGGAGGAGAAGCUGCAGCGUACCAGAUUGGAUUACAAACGCGCAUACGCCGCGUUGUUAACCAACGAGGCCGGCGGCGGCGCCGAGCAGGAAUUGAAGCGCGCUUACUUUGAGUCGCACAACGCCUAUAUUCUGCAGCUACGCGCCACCAACGCUAUUACCGAGCGCUAUCAGUCCCAUUGUUUGCCGGGACUGCUCGGCGAGAUUGCGGAGGUCUACGAGGAACUUUGCGGACUGGCCUGCAAGUGCGUCGCCGGGACCUCGGACGCGGCCGGGGAACGGUCCGGCGAACAGGCGAAACGUUAUCAAGCCGUGGCCAAGGAAGCGCAGGCGAUUGUACCGUCGAAUGAUCUACAGACCUUGGCGCGAAACCUAUCUGUGAACGCGACGCCGCGGAAGCCGCCGCGACGUCUGUACGUCGCGCCGGCACCACCCGAGCAGAUACCAAUGGAGAGAAUCAGUCAAAUGCCCACGCUCAGGGACGAACUGGUACCAACGGGCACCAGCACGCUCCCGCUCAUGGAGGAUCUCAAACGCGACUACGACGGUCUCAACCUGGAAAUAGGUCGUCUGCAAGACGCUCUGGACGCUCUCGUGCGAAUGCAACGCAAGAGCGCCGAGAGUAAUCUUUACACGAAAGUAGCCGAGCUGCAGGAAGACAUUUCUCUGAAGCGCCUCGACCUCGGUGUGGCGCAACUGCGUCUAGCCGCGGUGCAAGCACAGAAAGAACUUUUCGGGGGCGGGGAAGCUGGUCAACCGGAUGGAGUGGCCAGUCGGAAGAUGUCGAACGGUUCAACCGGAAGCCCCAAGCUGAAAUGGCUGAAAGCGUUCAAGAGCCUAAAGACCAGUUCGCCCACGACACCGCCGCUGUCUGACAAAGGAAAGCAGGCAACCAUGUACCACGCAGUUUCCACCGUCGUCACCAUGUCCAGGAAGAGCCUCGAGUCCGAGGGCGGGCACACUUGGCGCGAGUACACGUAUCGCAAGAUCACGCCGUGCGACGCGUGCGGGCAGGUGCUGCGCGGCCACAGCCGCCAGGGCGUCCGUUGUCGCGGCUGCAAGGCGAACGCGCACACGGACUGCAUCAACAUGGUGCAGCCGGCGUUGUGCCCGAGUUUGGCGCCGAAGAAGGGCGGCGGUAUACCGCUUCUACGACGGCAAAAGACGCAAGUGCCCGCCGACGAGGUGCCGGCGUCGUCCGAGCACAACGUGGACGCCAUAUACCAGGUGCUGAAGCAGGCAGGCGAGAUCCGUGGAAACUCGACAAACUCACCACCUACGCCUCCCACAGCAGAACAUCCCCCCUCCGGUGCAGCACCUUCGUCAGCGAGGGCCUCCUCCCAUCCCUGUUCCUCGUCCACCUCUGGUAAGGCGCACCACCAAGAAUUCCUACCGACCUUGGAACGUACGUCGGAACCCCGAAAAUUUUCCCACGUACAGUGGCGGAUUGCGUGCCCGACAUUCGCCGGGAUCUCGAGACGAGGAGAAGCUCGUACCUCAUAUUCCAGAAUUUCGUUGUCGGACUUUAUUCUCUUUAUAUCGUUAUUAAUUUUGAAUUUUGUUAAAUUUUAUUAAAAGUACAGUAAUAGGUUUUUUUCAACCAUUUUAUUAUAUGAUAAUAAAUAAGAAGUGCUUCUUAUUUAUUAUCAUAUAAUAAUCUGAAACUAGAGUUUUUAGUAACAUAUCUCGAAUAAGAUUUUUGAGUGUAAUCCGUCACUGGGAAAAAUUCAUAGAAUUCGAUAUCCAAAGCUAUAGUUCAAUUUUGACAAUCGAUACGCUUGUAAAGCCGAAACGUGUCGGAAUUAUUGGGGCAUAUCUCUCUAUCGACGUAGUACUGGAGCAACAUAUUUCUCGAAUGUGUAUCUUAUUUUAUCUAAUCUAAUAGUAAGUUCGUAUUUAAUCGAUAUUUAAUCUAUUUUUUUCUGUAUAAUUCUGUACCACUAUUCCCCCUGUACACUAGAAUUUUAAUUUUAAUUUUGUAAACUGAAUAGUCUCCCUUAUUAAACUGUAAAAAAAAAAAAAAUAACUUUUAAGUUAUUAUUUUUAUUCUUUAGUGUAUCGUAGUCAUUGUUACUGUAAUACUCAAAAGAAGAUAGGAAUAUAAACUUAAUAUAAUAAAUUAUAUGUGUAUAAAGAUCUUAUUGAUAAAAGAAUUGAAUUAUAGAAACCAUCAAAUGCAUUCAAAAUUACCUACUUUUUUUCAAAGAGAAGCAAUAUGUGAUGUCUCGAAUUUUCUAUACCUUUAUAAUACUUCUAUUUCAUAUUCUUAUCUUCUCGACUACUAGUUAAGUUGCUGUUACAUGUAAUUGAAUUUAUGUAUGUAUAAUUUCUUUUUAAGCACGUGUAUAUGUGUGUGCGUGUUUAAUGUCACCCGUGCUCCAGUACUGUCGGUUCCAAGGUCUAGAAGUCAUUCUAUGUGUUUAUGUAAAGCCGCUCGUCUUCAGGGACAUGACUCGUAAAAUUCGUAAUCUAUCGAUUCUUUAAUGUUACACUCCUUUCUUCUUCUUCUCCUUCUUCUACACCCAUUUCUUUUUCUACCGCUCUGCUUUUCUCUUCUUUUCU